ACAACAUAUUGUCUUUUAUUGUAAGUAUACUUCCACAGAACAUUCACCACGCAUAAACAUCUCAGGCGGCUAGAGCUCGGGACAAUCCCAAACGUCGGCGGACAUGGAGGCCGCUAUCGGUGCGGCGAACUGGCUUGUCGGCAAGGUGCUGAAUAAGCUCUCUGAUGAGUUGGUGGCCGCGUACGUGGCCAGCUCUGAGCUCGGCCUCAACUCCGAGCAGAUCAAAACCAAGCUCAAGUACAUGCAAGGGUUGCUGCACGCAGCGCAGGACACGGAUGUGAGCAGCAACCCUGGCUUGCAGAGCUUGCUGGAGGACCUGAGCAAGAAGGCCGAUGAGGCUGAAGACGCCCUGGACGAGCUCCACUACUUCAUGAUCCAGGACCAGUUGGACGGCACCCAGGAGGCCGCCCCUGAGCUGGGUGAUGGUCUUCGUGGUCAUGCUCUCCAUGGUCGCCAUGCUGCUCGCCAUACCAUCGGUAACUGGCUUCCAUGCUUUUCUUGCUCGCGUACUCAAGCCGAAGUUCCUUCUGCUGCUGCUGUCAUCAGUAACCCAGACAAAGCAACCAAGUCUGGUAGUGGCCAUGAUGGCGGCCAUGUUGAUAAGUUGUUUUUUGAUAGAGUAGCCAUGUCCAACAAAAUCAAGUCAGUAAUGGAGGAAAUGAACUCCAUAUGUGGACCUGUGUCUAACUUGCUCAAAAUUGAAAACCAUAGUAGCACCGCAGCAAGCACAACUGGCACCCUAAAAAGGCCUCCCACAGGUUCAGUAGUUUCACAAGAUAAAUUAUACGGAAGGAGAGCCAUCUUUGAGCAAACUGUAAGUGCGCUCACUGGUAGCACAUAUCUUGAUGAAACCCUUUCUAUUCUGCCUUUUGUUGGCCCUGGGGGUAUGGGAAAGACAACCUUCACCCAACACUUGUAUAAUGAUAAAAGGGUUGAGGAGCAGUUCACUGUCAGGGUCUGGGUGUGUGUCUCAACUGAUUUUGAUGUGCUCAACCUCACCCGACAGAUCCUUAGAUGCAUACCUGCAAUUGAAAAAGAAGAACACAAGUGUACUGUCGAGACUGCCAAUUUAGACCAGCUUCAAAAAUCCAUUGCCGAGCGACUGAAGUCCAAAAGGUUUUUAAUUGUCUUGGAUGAUAUAUGGAAAUUCAGUAGUGAAGCCGAUUGGAAGAACAUAUUAGCUCCAUUCAAAAAGGGGGAAACCAAGGGUAGCAUGGUUCUCGUCACAACUCGGUUUCCAUCUAUAGCUCAAUUGGUGAAAACAACGGAUCCAGUAGAACUGCAUGGUUUGGAGCCUAAUGACUUCUUGAAAUUCUUUGAAACAUGUAUAUUUGGACAUAGCAAACCUGAGCAUUAUGAAGAUGACUUAAUUGAUAUUGCAAGAGAUAUUGCAAAGAAACUAAAGGGUUCACCACUAGCAGCCAAUACGGUUGGUCGAUUGUUGAGGAAAAACCUUUCUCGGGAAUAUUGGAUAGGAGUUCUUGAAAGGAAUGAGUGGAAAAAUGCAAAAAACAAUGAUGAUAUUAUGCCUUCGCUGAAAAUCAGCUAUGAUUACCUUCCUUUCCUUCUAAAAAAAUGUUUUUCGUAUUGUGCCCUCUUCCCUGAAGAUUAUAGGUUCUAUAAUUUGGAAAUUACUAGCUUUUGGAGCGCAAUAGGUAUCUUAGACUCUAGUUGCCAAGACAAUAAUAAUUACUUAGAAGAACUAGUGGACAAUGGUUUUCUCAUAAAGGGAGUUGAUAGGUCUGGUAAUCAAUACUAUGUGAUGCAUGAUUUAUUGCAUGAACUAUCCCGGAGUGUUUCAUCACAAGAAUGUGUGAAUAUAAGCAGUUUAAGUUUUAGUUCUGAUGAUAUCCCACGAUCUGUUAAACACCUGUCGAUCACCAUGAAGAAUAUAUAUGAUGAAUGUUUUGGGGAGGAGAUAGGUAAACUGAAGCGCAUGAUAGACGUUGCAAGUUUGCGUUCUUUGAUGAUUUUUGGAUUACAUGGUGCAACAAUGGCUAAUAUUUUAAAAGAUACAUUUGAAGAAAUAAAGGGUCUCCGGGUUCUAAUUAUAGCAAUGAACACUCCCAAAUUUUUGCCAAGCUAUUUUUCAAACCUUUUCCACCUCCAAUUCCUUAAAAUUAGAUCACCCAGUCACUUAAAGGAAAUGACUUUACCUAGCACAUUGUCUAGAUUUUACCAUCUGAAAUUCCUGGACCUGAAUGGCUGGAGUGGUAGUAACAAGUUGCCUAAAGACAUUAGCCGCCUUGUGAAUUUACGACAUUUUCUUUCUUCCAAAGAACUCCAUUCCCAUAUUCCUGAGGUUGGAAAGAUGAAGUGUUUACAUGAGCUAAAAGAGUUCAAUGUUAAGAAAGAGGGUGUUGGAUUUGAACUGAAAGAGCUGGGGGAGUUGAGAGAGCUUGAGGGUAAACUCACUAUAUGUAAUCUUGAAACUGUGGCAUCCAAGGGAGAAGCUAGUGAAGCCAGACUGAGGAACAAAAGAAAUCUGAAAGAGUUGAGAUUAGUAUGGGGUACAAAGCACCAGACUGUGAAUGAUGAUGUUCUUGAUGGUCUUCAACCACACCCUAAUCUGAGGGUGCUUGGCAUUAUAAAUCCUGGUGCUGCUCCUUGUCCUCGAUGGUUGUGUGGUGAUAUUAGCACAGAAAGGUUGGAGUCUCUUCAUCUGGAGGGUCUUUCUUGGUGUCCUCUUCCAGCUUUUGAGCAGCUGAGACACCUCGGCAGUCUCACUUUCAAAAAUAUUGUUGGGAUGAGUGUGUUCGGGCCUGGCUUUAGUGGUGUUACAGAAAGAAGCUUCAUGCACCUGAAGACACUUGAGUUUACGAAUAUGCCAAAACUUGUGGAGUGGGUCGGGGAACCUAAUAGCCACUUGUUUUCAAGGCUUGAAAGGAUCAAGCUUGGAGGUUGUCCCCUUCUCACGCGGUUUCCCUUCUUGGAGUGCCCUGACUGUUUUACUAACCUGUGUAGUUUUUGCAUUUUUAACUGCCCUGAACUUUCUCACUUUCCUCCGAUGCCUCACAACAACACACUGAGAGAUAUCUCUGUGAGCAAUGCUAGCUCAGGGUUGUUGUAUACAGGAAAGGAAUUAGCUAUCCGAGGGUAUGCCGGUGCUUUGUCCUUCCACAAUAUGGAUAAAGUAGAGGUUAUGAAAAUUAUGGGUGUGUCACAUAUUUUGUUUUCAGACCUCCAAAAUCUGAAUUCGUUGAGAAGUAUACAUUUAGAGAAAUGCGACGACAUAUUUUCUGCAGAAUUGGAUGACAGUGUUGUCCUCCAUUCAGUUCAGAAUCUUGACAUAGAUGAAUUAUGUAUUACUGGAGAAAUGUUUUCAAAGGUGUUGAAGUGUUUCCCAGCUCUUUCCAAACUUCGCAUCUUAAGUUGUAGGAGCCUUGAACUUUUGAGAAUGGAGGAUGGAGGACUCGCGGACCUCAGAAUGCUCCAAUCAUUUGAAGGAAACAGUUGUGGGAAGCUGUUCUCUCGAUUGCCCAAAGGAGAAGUAGGUGGAGGAGCUCAUGCCAUCAAGCCUUUCCCUGCUUCUCUUACGGAACUUAAUAUUUUCGUAGAGGCAAGCAUGCAAUCAAUGGGUUUGCUCUCAAACCUCACGUCUCUCACCAGUCUGGGCUUGGAAAAUUGUAGAAAAUUGACGAUGGAUGGGUUCAAUCCGCACAUCACAGUCAACCUCAAGACGUUGGAUGUAUGUGCUAUGAAUGAUGAACAGGAGAACAUGACUAUAGCAGGGGAUUUGCUGUCAGAGAUUGCAAGGAGCAAGUUAAUGCAUGUGGGUUCAUUCCAGCUGGAAAAAUUUGUGGUGGAUUGUAUCUCGGCAGUGCUUACUGGUCCCAUCUGUAGCCACCUUGCCGCUACCCUCCACACAUUGGUGUUCAGUCAUGAUCAGGGGGCGACAACCUUCACGGAAGAGCAAGAGAAAGCACUUCAGCUUCUCACCUCCCUCAAACAUCUUGAAUUUCGAGUUUGCAAAAAUCUGCAGUCCCUCCCUCAAGUGUUACGUCUCCUUUCUUAUCUAAAGACACUAGUGAUCCACGGUUGUAGGAAAAUCCAAUGCCUGCCGCCCAAGGAGGGCCUUCCCGCUUCACUGGAAAAGCUAGAAGUAAACUUGUGCAGUCCUGAGGUAACUGAGCAAGCCAAGAAAUUGAAAGAAAGGGACCUGUGGUUUUCUGUAAAAAUAUUGGUGUACCCGAGGCCGAGGUAACUGAGCAAACCAGAAGAUUGGAAGAAACAGACCCGUGGUUUUAUGUACAAAUAUUGGAGUCAUUGACGUAUCCUCGCCGCUCCCUCUUGAAUCUUGGGGUUUCCCUGCCCCUCUCUCUCUCUCUCUCUCUCCCUCUCGACCAUCGCCGCCGGUGGGGCGCGAGGGCGUGGUGGAGUGAAACGAUGACGGCCACACGGGGGAAUGGGGAUGAUCUGGUCGCCCCUGGCCCUGAACUUUCAGCAGACCCGAAUAAUUGGAGCAUUUGACAGCAGGUUUAACCCUUCUGUUGGUAGCAUGAUUUCGUUCUGUAAAUUGUGCCUCGUCUAGAGAGAACCAACACUUCUGAUGGUAGCUUUCUGACAAUCCCAAUGUUGCAACAAUAUCAAAUAAAAAAGGAGGAACAUCCUGAACGUGUAGGUAUAUAUGUUUCUGAUAAACACUAUGUGGCAUUUGUUCUUCACCGGUCCUUUUGUAAUAUCAAGUAAAAAAAGGAGGUUCUGUAGUCGACAUCCAUUGUCCAUUUGCCAAUUCAUUCAUGCACUUAUUGGUCGAACAAGUAUCCAAAAAUAUAUGAUGAAGCUUAAGACAUGAUUCCGCGGAACAAUUGCAAGGGCUCUGUCAGUUGGCAAAUAAUCUGCAUUCGGGACAGUUCUUCCAUCCAAAUAAUGAUAGCAAAGGAAGAUUUUUCCAAGCAGGAACCCCAGAAAGGUUUUCUGCUAAUUAAAGUGCAAAGCCAAACCUGAAAGAAGUCAUGAUUCAAGGUGUUAUCAUUAUUUAUUCAUGCAUGGAUGCUCCGGGCGAUAGUUCAUAAGGAGGAAUAGCUAUCCAAACAUAUGCUCUUAAGCUUAGAUUGGUGGUAUCAUAUUCUGCGUCCAGGACUCCUUGAUCGAUGCUGCGGAGUGGCAAACACUUGUAUGUGCAUACAACAAUUCCUCAGUGCCGACGACACGCACCAAAGCCAUGGCGUCCCACUCCCCCACGACGCGCUUCCCGCAGCCCUUGAGCCGGUAUGCUGCGCUCCACGGUGUGACUUGUGCUGGCAUGGCAUGGCACUUGCUCCAUGAAUACCAACCUGAUAAUCGGCCUCUGGUGUGCCCGCCGGCCCGCUAGCUGUGUGCUCUGCUACUGCUACUCCCUGUAGUCCCAACUCUUACGCCAACCUCGCCAUCUUCGACUCUGGUACGUAGGGCAUGUGCUCACGUCACUGGAGUAAUCUGAGGCCGACACCAAGCUCUCCGAAUUGGGCCAAUCCACCAUGAAGCAAAUGAAGUGCCUGCAGUAGGAAGAGCUACUCCCUCCAUUGCCUGUAAUUUUAUCUUUGACUCCGGCACCGCCUGGCCACACAUUGCCUGUGUAAUUUGUGGUCUACACCGAGGGGCCCGUCCAUCUCUUUUGCGUGGCCAUCCUCCACACCCUGGUGCUUUGUGCAAGCAGCUGCUAGCACAUGCUAAUUUAGCUCCAACGGCGUGACAUGGUAUACCUUCAGUGCAACCCUUACAUGAACGAGACUUGGCGCCGCCGAGCUAAUCAUACGGUGCAACGGUUCAUCGUGUAGAUCUAGACACUAAAUAGAGUAUGUAUUAUGUAGGUCACACCGAGACGCGAGAAAAAUGUUUAGAACGUGUUGACAACACAAAGACAUCAAGGAAUGUGUCUCGUUUGAACGGCUUGGCUAAUCUUACAGAUGAAUGUAGACAAACAGGAUACUAGUCGCUAUCCAUCACAGCUUCUAGCUCUUGUUGGUGGUGGUGGCAAGCAAACAAAAGAGAAGAUGACCCAAGUCUUUGGCAGCUAUUUGCUUGACGUAACAUUCUGAGUUAAUAAAAAAGUCGUUGGCAGCUAGCUUAGCACAGCUACUUCAUUGUACAGUAUUAGGUACAGCUCAUUAGCUCGAUGAAAAGAUUUUAGUAUACUUAAUUAGUUACCCCUAUA